AUGGCUCUUCGCAUCGCAGUUGUACCCGCCUCCACCAAGGCCGGCCGAGAAACAAUCCGUCAACUUCUCGAGGCCGAGAGCAAGCCUUUUGUCCGCGGCAUCUAUCGAGAUCCAUCCAAGGCUCCUUCCGACUUCGCCCAAAACCCAAACUUCGAAGCCGUCAAAGGCGACGUUGGAGCAGGCGCUGGUCUCGAUUUUAGCAGCGCCGACGCCGUCUUCUACAUACCACCUCCAACCUAUGACGGGACGGACCAGGGUGAAUGGGCGACCCGGUGUGCGGAGAAUGUCAAGAGAGCCAUCCGCGAUGCUGCGAGCGUCAAGCGACUCCUCCUCUUUUCGGCUCUGGGCGCGCAGCAUGACCAUGGCAUCGGCCUUCUACGUCUGAAUCAUAUAUCAGAAACGAUUCUCAGGGACGCCGCGCAGGAAGUUAUUAUGGUCAGGCCCGGCUUUUUCUAUGACGAAUUCGCUCAUGCACUUGAGGAGGCACGAGCUGAUCCGCCUGCCUUUCACUCGUGGAUCACGCCUGUCGACCACAAAAUACCGAUGGUAAGCCUCAAGGAUAUUGCAAAAGCCUGCGCAAACAACCUUCUGGUCGGGCCCGGCAAGCCUAGCCCGCACGUCUUCAAGCUCUUUGGCCCGCGGAACUACAGCGCCCUCGACGUCAAGGAGGCGGUGGAGCAGGCGACGGGGAGGAAGGUGGAGCUGAAGGCGGUGGAAAGGGAUCAGCUCGAAGGUUUCUUUGGCCAGCAAAUCCCCCAGGCACAUUUGUCGGAGUUUUUGGGCAUGGUGGCCGCUACGCUGCCUGGUGGCAUUAUCGUGGACGACUUCGAGGAUGACGAGAGCACGAUGAGGGGGAACACAGAGUUGGUGGACGGCCUGCGCGAGCUGGCGGCCAAAUAG